AUGUCUCCACCCUCCGCCACUUAUACCGAAACUGCCACCGACAACACCCCCUCCAACGGGUUCAACGCACCAGACGCCCAGCCCGCCGGCACUGCCCCACUAGAGCCCGGCCUUUCGCAGGGCGGCGUCAAGGUGCAGGCGCAGAAAUUCCCCUCUCCGCCCAAGUUCACCGACAAGUAUGAGGAGCGCGAGUAUCUGAAGGGACGUCUGGCACUAGCCUUCCGCAUCUUCGGCAAAUUGGGCUUCGACGAGGGCGUUGCUGGCCAUAUCACACUGCGCGACCCUGUCAACCCGCAUUCCUUCUGGGUGAACCCCUUCGGUCUGGCGUUCAGCCUCAUCAAGAAGAGCGACCUGAUCCUGGUGGACCAUGAUGGCAAAGUGGUCGACGGUGGCCCCAACAGACUGCUCAACCAGGCGGCGUACAUGAUUCACGCAGCCGUGCAUAAGGCGAGGCCGGAUGUCAUGUGCGCCGCGCAUUCUCACUCGCUCUAUGGUAGGUCGUUCUGCACCUUAGGCAGGCCCAUCGACAUCAUCACCCAGGACAGCUGUGCAUUUUAUAACGAUCUUGCCGUCUACAACUCCUUCAAGGGUGUGGUGCUCGCCAAAGAAGAAGGCGACAACAUUGCACGUGCCAUUGGCAACAAGAAGGCCGUUUUGCUGCAGAACCACGGUCUCCUGACCACAGGUCAGACCAUUGAGGCAGCGGUUUUCUGGUUCGUCAGUCUGGACAAGUGCUGUCAUGCCCAGCUGAUGGCUGAUGCCGCCGCUGCUGGGAGGGGCGGAGCCACCAUCAAGAUUGACGAUGAGGAUGCUGAUUUCACUUACAAGGCUGUUGGAACGCCAAGGGCCGGAUGGUUCAGUGGUUUGCCUCACUUUGACAUGAUGAUCCGCGAAAUCGGAGAUGAAUAUUUGAAGUGA